AUGUCAUCUACCAUCGAGAUUCCAGCAACGUACAAGGCCGCCGUGUAUGAUGAGCCCGGCACCAUCUCGACCAAGAUUGUAGAGCUGCCCACGCCGGAGCCGGCCGAGGGCCAGGUCCUCAUCAAGCUAACGCACUCGGGCGUCUGCCAUUCUGAUCUGAGCGUCAUGACCCGCUCGUGGGCUCUGCUGCCCUCCCCCACGCCCAAGGAUCAGGUCGGCGGCCACGAAGGCAUCGGCCAAGUCGUCAAGCUUGGUCCCGGCGCCGAAAGCUCCGGACUGAAGCUUGGCAGUCGCGUAGGCGUCAAAUGGCUCGCCAGCAUCUGCGGUGAAUGCGAGGACUCCCUCCCGCCCGCAGCACCCUGCAAAGCCGGCCGGGACGGCUGCUGCUUGAAGCGGUCCAUUUCGGGCUACUUUGUGCCCGGCACCUUUCAGCAGUACGUGCUGGGCCCGGCCCACUACGUGACGCCGAUCCCCGACGGCCUCUCCGCCGUCGACGCCGCGCCGAUGCUAUGCGCCGGCAUCACCGUCUACGCGGCGCUUGUCCGCAGCCGCGCCCAACGCGGCGACUGGGUCGUCAUCUCGGGCGCGGGCGGCGGCCUUGGCCACCUCGCGGUGCAGGCCGCCGCGCGCGGGCUGGGCCUGCGCGUCGUCGGCGUCGACCACCCGAGCAAGGCGGACUUGGUGCGCGAGUCGGGCGCCGAGCACUUUGUCGACAUGACGCAGUACGGGCGCGACGAGGCCGGCAGCCAGGCGCUCGCGGCGCACGUGCAUGAGCUGUGCGACGGGCUUGGCGCGCACGCCGUCGUCGUCUGCACCCCGUCCAAUGUCGCCUACGCGCAGGCGCUGGGGCUGCUGCGCUUCGACGGCACGCUGGUGUGCGUGGGCGUGCCGGAGUACACGCCCGAGCCGAUUGGCGGCUCCUUUCCGUUUCACAUCAUCAACUUGAGCCUCAACAUUGUGGGCUCCACGGUGGGCAACAACAAUGACGCGGCGGCGGUGCUGGCGCUCGCCGCCAAGGGCGUCAUCAAGUCGCGCUCGCACGUCAUCAAGCUAGACGAGCUGACCAGCGCGUUUGAAAAGAUGCACGAGGGAAAGCUGAAGGGUCGUGUCGUUCUCGAUCUGUGGGCGUAG